AUGUGUCUCGUUCCUGCAGAUAUUGCUGAUUUUCGAAAAAACACGCCCAUUUAUACUUAUGAUGGUCUUAUUACGCACCUCACCAAUGGAGCCCGUGUCAUGUUUUUCUUUAACACGACAACCUGUCAACCUUUUUCCCAGACAAGAGUUUCCGACCUUCCAGUGUUUGGAGGGGAAAUUAAUUUUUUCAUAGCUCCAAAAAGUUCUAAUGAUACUACUGGACAACUGAUUUUUAAUCAUGAUGGUUACGCGUUUGAUAAUACCAACGAAGCGCUAACCGAACAGAUACAGUCCGUCUACAUAAUGAAUACCACCGCGUUUAUUCUCUAUGGAAGCCUAGGAUUCUUUGCCAACAAAGCAGACAACGUAAAAGGUGUAAUUUGCGAUUGGUCCUCUGGAAAAGGAAACAAAUUCUGGGUAAGAGAGCAACUAACUCCACGUCAUCUCAACUCUUCCGAACAAAUUCGCACAAUGCUGGUUAAUGGCAAUCCGCUUCGAUUUGCCAUAGUAUUUGAUGGAUGUCAAUGUGUCAAGGGCAAUUGUGGACAUAGUUAUAUCGGAGGAAAUAUAGCGGGUGUGAAAAUAUCAACCGAUGGCACAAUAUCUUUUUCAAAUGCAAUGACAUUGUUUCUCCCUAAUCCAGCAUCACCGAUGUCUUUUCGCGAGCUCCUGGUUGGAAGCAUUUAUAGCAACAAUACCAUAUCAUUAAUGUUGUCCUAUGAAAAAAUGCCAACUCCAGAUAUCGAAAUAGCAUGCCCCAUUGAAGCGGUCAGGAGACAUGCAGAUUUUUUUAGUAUUGAAUAA